AAAAAACUCAUCAUCUUUCCCAUGAGGUGGCAAUUCGGGAGACGAGGACACUUUUGGCAACCUUUUCUUGUUUCCUGGAAACCAAGUAUAUAGCGAAAAGGAAAGGGAAAAAAAACCAAAACCCUCCCAAUCCAUUCUCUCCUUUUCGUUUUUACUUACACUUCGACUACCAACUUUAAUGAGUUUUUCUUGGACAUGGAAAACGACAACAAUACAAACAAAGAAAAUGUUUUCUUGGGCUUUUAAUUUCCCAAGCUGAACUCAGAUAAAAGAGAACAGCUUUCUCAUAAAUAUACUUUCUCGGCUCCUUUUUAUCUAGUUGAAGAAAAGCUUUUUUUUCCCCUUUGAGUGGUGGACUACUGGUUCUCCGCCCUGAAACAGCCAUGGGGGAAACCGGGACGGUCCGGUUCCCUGGAAACCUUGACCCGACGGCACAAGAAUUUUGGCCCGCCCAAAACGUAGUUUGCCAACCCCAAUUUCCUCUCUACAGACCCCCCCAACUUUACUACCCGUACGCUGCGUCUCCAACGGUACCGUUUUGCAGCGGCGGCGUACCGCAGUUCCAUGCUGCCCUGCCUCUACAUGCACCUGUAGCUAUACCUGCACCAGCGCCUUGCGUCACUACAGCGUCCAUGGUGGUUGCACCGCAGCUGCCACUUCCACCUCCGACUGCGGCGGCGACGAGGGCUUUGGUGUUAACGUUGGUUCCAUGCGAUGUGAGCGAGUCAAAGGUGUGGAAAGAAUUGGAAGUGUUCGGGGAAGUACGCGGGGUCCAGAUGGAAAGAGUCCGAGAAGGGAUCGUGACCGUCCAUUUCUACGAUCUGAGACAUGCGGAGAAAGCGUUGAAAGAAAUACGCGAGCAGCACAUGCAAGAGCAAGCCAGGGUUCGAGACCAGUACACUGCGGCUGCUACCGGGUGCGAACCAGGUGUGUCCAACGCUUGUGUUCCACUCCCUUCUGCGCGUGGACUCAUAGCCGGGAGGCCUGUCUGGGCCCACUUCACUAUUCCGGCAAGCAAUGCUGUCCCUGAGGGGAAUAAUCAAGGAACUGUUGUGGUAUUCAAUUUGGACACCGGCGUUUCAAUUUCGCAACUCAAAGAAAUCUUCCAAGCUUAUGGCCCAGUGAAGGAACUGAGAGAAACACCAUUGAAGAAACACCAAAAGUUUGUGGAGUUUUAUGACGUAAGGGAUGCGGCUAAGGCUUUGAGAGAAAUGAAUGGAAAAGAAAUUAAUGGGAAGCAAGUUGUAAUUGAAUUUAGUCGACCCGGAGGAUAUAGCAGGAAGUUCUUCAAUAGUGAUAACAACGUUAACAAAAUUAACACUAUUACAGCUUUCACUGAUAAAUAUAAUCCCCAUACGAGAAAUCCCAAGUACUCAUCUUCUCCCCCACCUCCCCCGCCGCUGCCUCGUAAAUUCUCUGCUAGAUUUUCUUCCAACGAUAUACCUCGUUCUUUUCUUCCUCGAAACCAAUCGCCUACUGUGAAACCUUUGAAUUCUAGUAAAGGAAACCCUAAUAUGAAUAAUGACAGCAAGUGUUCCGCCGUUGAAACGGCAGUGGUUAAAGAUAAGGUCGGGAGUGGUGGAGGUCCAAAAAAGACUGUAAAGAAGAACCAAAGCAACUCAUCAACGGUAGCUAAGCACAACCAGCAGCUAUGUCGGGGCAGGCCGUGGAAAGGUAGACAGUCGAAGAAAUUUGAUCCUCGUUUCCUUAUAAGCGAAGAUGCUAUGGUGGGAUCUGAUUCUAAAGAUUCCAGGACCACUGUCAUGAUCAAGAACAUACCCAACAAGUAUAGUCAAAAAUUGUUGUUGAACAUGUUGGACAAUCACUGCAUUCACUGUAACGAGCAAAUAGCUGAGGACGACGAUCAGCCUUUAUCUUCCUAUGAUUUCGUCUACCUCCCCAUCGAUUUUAACAACAAGUGUAAUGUAGGAUAUGGAUUUGUGAACAUGACAUCUCCGCAAGCAACAUGGAGGCUUUACAAGGCAUUUCAUCAUCAACAUUGGGAAGUUUUCAACUCCAGAAAAAUCUGUGAAGUAACUUAUGCGAGAGUUCAGGGAUUGGAGGCGUUGAAAGAACAUUUUAGAAACUCAAAAUUCCCAUGCGAAAUGGAACACUAUCUACCAGUUGUAUUUUCGCCACCUCGAGACGGAAAACAACUGACUGAGCCACUUCCUAUAGUUGGUCAAAAGCAGCGAUCCCCCAACAGUGGUCCCUCAGCCAAAGACAGUGAAGAAGACGAAGAUGAUUAUAAUCACUACGACCAUUGCGGUGAAGAGAGUUGUAACGAAAAUCCGCUUGCUGAUGAUAAUACUGCAAAUUCUGCUCAAGAAGAAAAUAAUGUCAACAGUACCAAUCAUUUAAAAUACUGGGAUUCCGAUGAUACGGUUGACCAGCACGAAGAAUUCCCUCAGCAAUCACUGUAGCCUAAUGCCAAGGAAAAAGAAAAAACAAGAAAAAAAGGAUUGUAGCUGUUGUAAGCAUGAACAGUAGUGAAAAGGUUAAAACGCUGAAGCAAAAUAUUAUCUCUGUGAUUUUUCUUACGACUAUUACAUUUGUUUUGGGACUUGCUACUUCCAA